UAGGGGCGGGGCGCCGCAGUGCCGUAGUAGCGGGCAGCCGGGACGCACUGCUUUGGAGCCGCGGAUACGCGAGCAGGCGCAGGACCCGGCGCUGCCUAGCCCCCGUCCCGCCGCCCCAGCCCCGCGGCGCCCGCUCGGGCCGUCCCCUUCCCCGAGAGGGCUGCGCUGGCGGGAAGGCGCCCAGACCACAGCCCCGGCCCCCCUUCCUGCCUCUCGGUUCCUCUUUCCUCCCAAGUAAGGGAAUAAGCCCCGAGGAAGGAGCGCCCCGGGGAACCGCGCAACCAAGUGUUGCAUGGUGAGGAGGAACAAGGAUUUCUGAAGACCUUGACUACGGAUAGAAGCAUGCUGUUGGAAGAGUAGCACAGGCCUUCUCUCAUCUGCUCAAACGUGCCCACUACUGCCAUAGACAACGUGCAUCCUCCGUGGUUCCUGAAGGGCCUGUCCACCGUGUACCUGCAGUGAGCCAGGCCCUGGGCUGGGCCUCAGCUUCACCCUGGUGAACAAAACAUCCCUGGCCUGAAGCACUCACACCCAGGUUAAAGAUGAGUGAAGAACGGUGGGUCUCCCUUACUCCAGAAGAAUUUGACCAACUUCAGAAAUACUCAGAAUAUUCUUCCAAGAAGAUAAAGGAUGUCUUGGCUGAGUUUAAUGAGGGUGGGAGCCUCAAACAAUAUGAUCCACAUGAGCCAAUUAGCUAUGAUGUCUUCAAGCUGUUCAUGAGGGCAUACCUGGAGGUGGACCUUCCUCAGCCACUGAGCACGCACCUCUUCCUGGCCUUCAGCCAGAAGCCCAGACAGGAGACCCCUGACCACCCAACGGAGGGGGCCAGCAAUGAGGCCAGUGGCCCAGAUGCCAACAUACAGAAUGUGGAUAAUGGUGCCAAAGCAGAUGAGGCGUGUGCCCCUGAUACAGAAUCAAAGAUCACCGAGAAGCAGGUGCCAGCAAAAGACCAAGUGGCUGCGACCCUCCUGGGAAAUCCUGUUGUUCCAUCUCCAGGCUCAGAAUCCCCUAUAGUGUACCUGAAGGAUGUCGUGUGUUACCUGUCCCUGCUAGAGACGGGGAGACCUCAGGAUAAGCUGGAAUUCAUGUUUCGUCUCUAUGAUUCAGAUGAGAACGGUCUCCUGGACCAGGCGGAGAUGGAUCGUAUUGUCAGCCAGAUGCUUCACAUUGCCCAGUAUCUGGAGUGGGAUCCCACGGAGCUGAGGCCUAUACUGAAGGAGAUGUUGCAAGGAAUGGACUACGACCGGGACGGCUUUGUGUCUCUAGAGGAAUGGGUCCACGGAGGGAUGACCACCAUCCCACUGCUGGUCCUGCUGGGCAUGGAUGACUCUGGCUCCAAGGGGGACGGGAGACAUGCCUGGACCAUGAAACACUUCAAGAAACCCACCUACUGCAACUUCUGCCACAUUAUGCUGAUGGGUGUUCGGAAGCAAGGCCUGUGCUGUGUUUAUUGUAAAUACACUGUCCACGAACGCUGUGUAUCCAAAAACAUUCCUGGAUGUGUCAAAACAUACUCAAAAACCAAAAGGGGCGGUGAGGUGAUGCAGCACGCGUGGGUGGAAGGGAACUCUUCUGUCAAGUGUGACCGGUGCCACAAAAGUAUCAAGUGCUACCAGAGCGUCACCGCGCGGCACUGCGUGUGGUGCCGGAUGACGUUUCACCGCAAAUGUGAAUUAUCAACGUUGUGUGAUGGUGGGGAACUGAGAGACCAUAUUUUGCUGCCCACUUCAAUAUGCCCUGUCACCCGGGACAGGCAAGGUGGGAAGUCUGAUGGCAGCGUGUCAUCCAAGGGUGAACUUGUGAUGCAGUAUAAGAUCAUCCCCACCCCGGGUACCCACCCCCUGCUGGUCUUGGUGAACCCCAAGAGUGGAGGGAGACAAGGAGAAAGAAUCCUUCGGAAAUUCCACUAUCUGCUCAACCCCAAACAAGUUUUCAACCUGGACAAUGGGGGGCCCACUCCAGGGUUGAACUUUUUCCGUGAUACUCCAGACUUCCGUGUUUUAGCCUGUGGAGGAGAUGGGACAGUUGGCUGGAUUCUGGAUUGCAUUGAUAAGGCCAACUUCGCAAAGCAUCCACCGGUGGCUGUCCUGCCUCUUGGAACAGGAAAUGACCUGGCCCGCUGUCUCCGCUGGGGAGGAGGUUAUGAAGGGGGCAGCUUGACAAAAAUCCUGAAGGACAUCGAGCAGAGCCCCUUGGUGAUGCUAGACCGCUGGCAUCUGGAAGUCAGCCCCAGAGAAGAGGUGGAGAAUGGGGACCAGGUCCCGUACAACAUCAUGAACAACUAUUUCUCCAUUGGUGUGGAUGCUUCCAUUGCACACAGAUUCCACGUGAUGAGAGAGAAGCACCCUGAAAAAUUCAACAGCAGGAUGAAGAACAAACUGUGGUACUUUGAAUUUGGCACCUCGGAGACCUUUGCGGCCACCUGCAAGAAGCUGCAUGACCACAUAGAGUUGGAGUGUGACGGGGUUGGGGUAGACCUGAGCAACAUCUUCCUUGAAGGCAUUGCCAUUCUCAACAUUCCCAGCAUGUACGGAGGCACCAAUCUCUGGGGAGAAACCAAGAAGAACCGGGCUGUGAUACGGGAAAGCAGGAAAGUCGUCACUGACCCCAAGGAACUGAAAUUCUGCAUCCAAGACCUCAGUGACCAGCUCCUCGAAGUGGUGGGGCUAGAGGGAGCCAUGGAGAUGGGGCAGAUCUACACUGGCCUGAAGAGUGCGGGCAGGAGGCUGGCCCAGUGCUCCUCUGUCACCAUCAGGACAAGCAAGUUGCUGCCAAUGCAAGUGGAUGGAGAGCCCUGGAUGCAGCCACCUUGCACAAUUAAAAUUACUCACAAGAAUCAAGCGCCUAUGAUGAUGGGGCCUCCCCAGAAGAGCAGCUUCUUUUCACUGAGGAGGAAGAGCCGUUCAAAAGACUAAACAACGUGCCAUAAUGCCAGUUAAACCAAGAGAGAAAAUAAGAAACUGUAACACAUACACACACACACACACACACACAUACGCACACGCACAUGCACACACGCACACUCAUCUCUAACCAGUGGAAGCAAAGCCACCCUUCAGGAAGAAAUCUUCAUCUUCCCAUACGUUCAUUCUCUCUUCUUCAACAAAGGACACACCCCAACAGAGCCAGGACCCCCAGAAAAUUUUGAAUGGACCCAGGGCCCACCAGGGUGAUGUUGGCUCUUGCAGCAACCUCCACAUUCCCAGAAGGCCUUGAGUGGGACUUUCUGAGACUGAAGGAGAAGUCCCCCUUUCUUCCAACCAGUCUUGCAAGGUCCCUCACGGACGCUCACAAGGAAGCAGGCUGCAGGUUUCCUGCCUAUGGUGAGAUCGGAUGUGGCCAAGGGAAAGCGCUCCCAUUCCAGAGAACUUACACAAAGGUCCCUCUGUACAGAGACAAACGGCCUCCAACUCUCAAAGCAUAACCCUUGGCAGGGCUCAGCAAGCGCACGUUGGUUUCUUAGUUGUCCUUCAAGCAGCAACUUCUGCCUGAACUUGCUGAGGAGGCAGAAAGGCUGUGGAAAGCUGUGUUUCCAUUCUUGGUUCUCCACACUGUCAGUGGGCACUUGUUAUUUUCCCAAAGCCUUCUCCUGGUGGCUGUGUGUUUGUUUGGAGACGGCUCCAAGAGCCCCCAGAGCUGCCUGUACAGCACACCUUAGAUGUGGUAUUUAUUUUCUUAGUUCUGUGAACACCUGGGAGGGAAAGCAGAGAAACUGGGAUUUAUUUUUCAAAUUGGUGUCAUAAUAUUGUGUAAAAAGGGAAGAAAAAAAACCACCCCCAGCUUCUUUCUUUUUCAAGCCAAAGCGUGUUUCCUGUUUGAGUUCCAAGCCCUGGUGGCAGACUAUUUCCUGAAGGCAGAGAAGAUGAGAAGGAAGGACCCUUUGCUGAGAAGACCAGGAGACAAACCAUCAGGUGGCUCCCACCUGCCUCUUUGCACCUACCACUCCCAGAGUGUGAGCUGAAGGCCCUUCUGAUGAUCUAAUGUGUGUGUACAUAUAUGUAGCAUAUAUAUUUAUAUAUAUAUAUAUAUAUA